AUGUUUCUCCUUAACUUAGAAAACCUGCUUUUUGUUUCCGGGCCACAACAGACUCUGAAGACAGGCCUUCUUGUUUUUCUUGGACCAUUCAAGCAACAAGCAACAGCAUCACUUGAUUUCCAGGCUUUCAGGUACAUGUUCAGAUGGAGUUUUAUUUCAUUCUUUAAAAAGAAAAACACAUUGAGCUACGCUAAAGACAUCAGCCCAUGUCUAGAAAUUGUAAUAGUAUUCACAGUGUAACAUAAUUUAUAUUACACACCAGAGAGUUUUAGAUGUGAUAUUCUGUCAUUAAGACAUUACUAAUUUAUUCUUACAUCAACUUUGUGAGUGCAGGCAUUGGGAUCAAUUCAUCUAUUUUUCUUUGUGACAUUUUCUAGCUGCAGAUCUAUAAAUCUGCAGCAGAUUAGUGUAAAACAUCUUUUCUAAAUUGACAAAGAGAACCAGACUAUACACCUGUGUAUUUUGACUGCCCCCAUGCAUCAUGAAAUUACGACAGCUCUUUGAGAUUUCAGUUUAAAAACCAAAGUAACUUGACAAGCGAGUACUCCAGCCGUAUAACUGGAGUCAUACAACUCAAGCAACAACUUGAUUGAGAAACUCUCACUUGUGCUGGAGACCCGUAAGAUCUAAACUUCGACCCAAACAAUGACUUUGUGUACUUUGAAAAGGAGAUACUAAAUGACAGCUCAGUGCUUUCAUGUGAAUUUGGAAUAAAGUCCCUAAGCUAGCGCUCAACACCUGCUAGUCUAGAAGAUAAGCGACUGUCUGCUCUGAAAGCCUGCAGACACCACAGUCAUCAGUGCAAUCCUUUUACUCUGGCACAAAACUCACUGCAGGUGAAUGACACUGAGGAAAAGCUGCUGCUGUGACUUUUCUGAAGCGUUAACUUGAAGUGGAUAACUAUCAAAGCUCUCCAUCCCACAAGAAAAAUUCACAGACUGCAUCUUCUUCAGAGUACAUAUUUCCAAAUAACUUCAGUUCUUUAUAUAGACUACACGAGGUCAUAUAUGAUGAAGAUAAAAGGCUAUUGUGAGUUUUAAUGUCCAUUGGCAUCAGUGUGACUAACUGAGAGGUGUUGUGCUGUUCUGUCGUUUAAUCGGUUUUAUUCCUCUGUAUACAUGCACAGAACAAUAUGUUCUGACCUCUUCAUCCAGAGUGCCUGUGUGCUCAUAUUUACAGCUCAUGUCCAUCGCUGUCGGGGCCUGCCUUUGCAACGCGUGUGUAAAAACUGUCCCCGAGAGUGUGUGUGUGUGUGUGUGUGUGUCCUGACCUCUCCUGGCCUCUCUCCUCCAGCCCUCCUUUGAGAGUGUGUGUGAUAUACGGAGCUCUAAUUGUCAGGUCUGGCCCCCACAUUCCUCUCCUCCGCCUGCCUACCAACACCGUGUCACUUUAACAACCGCGAAUUAUCACUGCGAUGGAGAUCUCGGCUUCACGGUGGCUCUAUGAGAAUAUAGAUAUGUUUCCUUCAAUAAAUCCCCCCACUCCAACCACACACACACACACACUCCCACCUCGCUACCUUUCCCUCCCUCCUCCCUCACAUUCACUGCGUCUUGACUGACAUUUUUACCACAACAUUAUUGCGUCUGGCUCACGACUGGAGAGUCACGGCUGCACCAAAUGUGGCUAAAGUAUCCAACUAAAAGGGGGAUGAGAUGAAUCCGGCCCUUCGCUGUCAUUUGACCGAGGUUAUUGAUUCUCGCAGGGCUGAGCAGGAUCUCAGUGGCUUCCCCAUAAAGCUGGCGUCCACGAUGACAGCAGACAGGAGAAGAGGAUGGGCCGUAAAGUGGCUAGGUAAUACACGUUCAUGUCUGCUUACCAAGGAAAGUUUCUUCGAUUAACAUCUGCUCUUACUUAAUCUCUCCUCAGGUUUCAAGCAACUUCAUUUUGGACAAAUGGAUGCAGUCCCUUUUUUAAGUGUAUCCAAAGAGGAUGUGUUUGCAUGCUCUGCUUUCAUUCGUUUCCUGGCUGUGAAGUGA